GCCACCUACCACACCAUGAGCAGCGUGUCCUGCACUCCUACCUCGUCCUCCGUCCACCUCCACCACCCGUCCGUGCUGACCACGCACCAUCCUCACCACCACCACCACCAGCCCUCCCAGGGCCUGGACGGUGAGCUCCUGGACCACCUCAACUCUGCCCUCCCGCUCGGAGGGGUGCCGGGCCCAGAUGUGGGCUCCACACCUUCGCACCCUCACUCCCACAUGUCGGCCAUCAACCACAUGGCCCACCACUCCCAACCUAUGAACAUGUCCCACCCCCACGGCCUCGCUUCCCACGCUCAGCGGAGGAUCAAGCUGGGGGUCACCCAGGCGGACGUGGGCUCCGCGUUGGCCAACCUGAAGAUCCCCGGGGUGGGCUGCCUUAGCCAAAGCACGAUCUGCAGGUUUGAGUCCCUCACCUUGUCCCACAACAACAUGGUGGCCCUCAAGCCCAUCCUAGAAGCGUGGCUGGAGGAGGCCGAGCGGGCCCAGAGGGAGAAAAUGACCAAACCUGAGAUCUACACAGGGGGGGACAAGAAACGCAAGCGCACCUCCAUCGCCGCCCCCGAAAAGCGCUCCCUGGAGGCCUAUUUCGCUGUGCAGCCGCGUCCCUCCUCGGAGAAAAUCGCCGCCAUCGCCGAGAAGUUAGACUUGAAGAAGAACGUGGUGCGGGUCUGGUUUUGCAAUCAGAGACAGAAGCAGAAAAGGAUGAAAUUUUCUGCCACCUACUGA